AUGGGCAAGGGCGGCCCGAAGAAAGCCAAGCAAAAGACGGCGGCGCCAGUCGCGGCCGCGUCCUCCUCUGCGGCCGGCGGCGCCUUCCGCUCGCGUGCCGUGGGCGCCGUCCUCCUCGCCGCGUUCGCCAUCGGCUUGCAGGCGCUCCUCUCUUCGAACGCGCCCUCGGCGGAGGUCCCUCCGCCUGGUGCGGCUCUUGCGCCUGUUGCGGCGCCGCGCGGGCCUCCUCCCGCCUGCCCUGCGGACUGGCCUGCCUGCCCGCGAACCGCGGGCGUCGACUGGGCGGCGGCCGACGCGGCGGAGGCGGAGUCAGACCUGUCGCCGGCGGCGCUCAGCGAGGGCCUGCACGGCUGCAACGCCACCGCUCUCCUCUCGCCGCAGCGCGUGCCUGGCAUGCACGCCAUCUGCAUUCUCCCGCCUCCGGCGGGCGAGGAGCGGGCGGCGGCGACGCUGGUCGUGUACGACUCGAUGCGCCGCGCCGAAGGCGGGAGGGAGGGCGGGAGGGUCGUGUCGCUGCUGCUGCCCGCGCGGCUGAGCGACGCGUCACACGUGGCUGCGGCGGUGCUGCGCCGGCUCGGGGGCGGCUCUGGCUGGGAGAGCAUCGGUUCCUUCCUGCUCGUUUAG